AUGGCGCCAGCGUCCCGUUCCCGCAGCCCGCCGGCCUGCAGCCCUGAGCGCCGCGGCCGUAGAUCGCGCUCCCGGUCCCGCUCCCGUGAGCGUAACGGCCUGAAGCGCCCCAGCCACCGGCGGAGCCGCAGCUGGUCCCGCUCCCGCGAGCGCACCCCCGGCGGGCCGCGCUCCACCGCGCACCACGGCCACCACCACGGCAAGGCCUGGCCCGAGUACUACGAGAAAGAGAAGGAGGAGAUCCAGCGGCAGAGGAGACUCAAUGAGAGAGAGAGAAUUGGAGAACUGGGGGCACCAGAAGUCUGGGGACUGUCACCAAAGGUUCCUGACCCUGAUUCUGAUGAACAUACACCUGUAGAAGAUGAAGAGGCCAAAUCUAAGAGUAGUUCUUCAGAUUCCAGCUCAGAAGAAGAGAAAAAGAAAAGGAAGAAGAAAAGAAAGAAGAAAAAACAGAAAGCAUCCAAAAGAAAACGCAGAAAACAUUCUGAGGACAGUGACAGUGAGUCGGAGUCUGAGCAGAAUUCCAGUGAUGAUGAUAAAAAGAAAAGCAAGAAGAAGAAGAAAAAGAACAGAAAGAAGAAGUCUAAGAAAAAGAAAACUAAGAAGAGUAGGAAGGAAUCCAGUGAUUCAAGUAGUGAAGAUUCUGAUGAUGAAGCAUUUCAAGGGGAAGAUCUCUGGAUUGAGAGAUCAAAAAAUACCGAAGCUGAUAGCUUGAUUGGACCAGAAGCUCCCAAAACUCAUGCAUCUCAGGAUGAUAGGCCUUUGAACUAUGGACAUGCCCUCUUGCCUGGUGAAGGUGCAGCAAUGGCAGAGUAUGUAAAAGCAGGAAAACGAAUACCUCGGAGAGGUGAAAUCGGCUUGACCAGUGAAGAGAUUGCAUCAUUUGAGAGCUCUGGUUAUGUCAUGAGUGGCAGCAGACAUCGCCGAAUGGAAGCUGUGCGUCUGCGUAAAGAGAACCAGAUCUACAGUGCAGAUGAAAAGAGAGCUCUGGCAUCCUUCAACCAGGAGGAGAGGAGAAAACGAGAGAAUAAAAUCCUUGCAAGCUUUCGAGAGAUGGUCUACAGAAAGACUAAGGGCAAAGAGGAAAAAUAACUAUUUGAACUGUAUGCCAUAGCUCCUACAAAGCUGCAGCUAGCCUGUUCUGGUCAUGAUCUGAGAAAAACUGCAAGUGCUGCAGGGCCUUUCAUCCAUCAGGGCCAAGCUUCAGAAGUGGAUUACUUGUAUCAAGGAACCAGUUACUUUUGUCAGAUUGUUUUGGAUGAUUUGUUCACCCUCUGCAAGAAGUCCCUGUAAAUUGAACGCUUACAGGGCAGGGAAGGCAGGAGCAAGCAGGAAAGAUCAGAGGUGGCAAUGUUGUUCUGUGCUUGCUAUGAAUUGGACAAGCCCAAGGAUUCCAUGUGAGGGCUUCAUUACUUGACGCUGCCAUGUGCAAUUUUCCAUUUCUUGUCAUUAAUGAGAGUAGACUGGCCAUCAGAAGCAAGCUGCUAGUAACAGCAAAAACACGGGAAUUCCUAAGAUCCUGUGUAAGAUCUAAGACUAUCCACUUACAUAUUUUUUGGUAAGUCUUUUAGAUUUUUUUUUCUCAAAACAGUUGAGUUUGGCUUGUGGUUCAAACUAGACUUGUAAAUAGAAAGGAGUUUGUAGUUUACUACAGAUGGGCUUCAGUUACUCUAAGCAAGCAGAUUGCAAUCAGGGUAUAAAGUAGCAGUAAUAGUAAUAGGAGGAUCUGAUCUUCAGUCCACCAAAACCCAUGGUGAAGAGCUAAGCUGCUUGCUUCUUUUUCUCCUAUGUUAUACAUAGGUAUCAGAGCAGUGGGGUGCAGUGAUUGGGACGCCUGGAUGUGCACAGGCGGUAACAAGGAUGUAUCUUUGAUUUGUUUGAAAUUUUUUAUGUUCUAGAUUAAAACCUUAUUUUAACUCCUGUGACAUGACAUUUGGUCUGUUUCAGUAGUAUUACAUGCCUAUCUUUAAACUCUGUACUCAGGGGCCUACUACAGGUAGUGCUUCUGUGGUGGUAAUUUUUGAUUCAGCUCCAUAUUUCCAAACAGACUCUCCUUUUCCCUUUUUCUCGAAUGCUUUUAAAAACAAAGUGGAUUUUUUGGUUGGUUGGUUGGUUUUGGUAUUUGGUGUUUUGUUUUGUAUUGUUUUGGAGUUUGGUUUGGUUUGGUUUUUUGUUCC